GAGAAAGUAAGUCUGUUCCUGGUAAGAUUAAGUCAGUCAAGCUGUGUUUGACACAGGAACAAAGAACCUUACCAACAAAAAAAACUUCUAAAAAACAACUAAAAGGCAGUUCAGCACUGAGCAAAUUAAAAAUGGAGGCUAUUCAAAACAAAAAAAAAUUAUCUAUAGCAAUACAAAACAAAACAGCAAAACAACUGACAGACUCUGUGAAGGAUCUACGGAUUGUUUCUCUUGGAAAAACAGGAGUAGGGAAAAGCCAAACAGGAAAUACUAUAAUACGUGACCCAAAUGCAUUCCAGACUCAACGUUCAUCAGCCUCAGUGACUACAAAAUGUCAAUCUGCUACUGAAACAGUCAACAGCAGAACCAUCAAAUAUAUCGACACGCCUGGAUUUUUUGACACUCAUGGCUCUGAGGAGCAGCUGAGAUCAGAGAUAUUGAGAUCCAUCAUUAAAUGUGCUCCAGGUCCUCAUGCCUUCCUAAUUCUACUCAAAGUUCAGACAUACACAGUUCAGGAGGAGGAGAUUGUGAAGAAAAUCAUAGAAACAUUUGGGAAAGAUGCUCUGAAGUAUGCAGUUGUUCUCUUCACUCACGGUGAUAAUCUUGAUGAAGGUCAGACCAUUAAAGAGUUUGUGAGAGAAAACUCAAAGUUACAGGAUCUGGUGAACAAGUGUGGAGGUCGCUGUCAUGUCGUUGAUAAUAAGUACUGGAAUCAGCAGGAGGAUGGAUACAGAAGCAACAGAGUUCAGAUAGAGAGUCUGAUGAACACUAUAAAAGAGAUGGUGAGAGGGAAUGGAGGAGGAUGUUACACCAAUGAAAUGCUGCAGGAAGUGCAUAGAGCUAUAGACAAUGAAAUGCAGGUGGUUAGAGCAGCAUCAAAUGGCAAACAGUCAAAAGAGCAGAUCAGAGCAGAGGCAGAGGAAAGAGUGCACACAAGAUUCAUAGUGAGAUUAGCAGGAGUAGCAACAGGGGUUUUGUUGGGUGCUCUGCUUGGAGUCAAACAUUUAUUGUGUUUUAUUAUAAAGAAAAUGAUUAAAAGUGAUAGUUUUACAGGAUUUGCAAAAAUAGCAGCAGCAGCAGUUCUGCCAGGAGCUAAAGUAUAUGUUGGUGUAACUGCUGCUGCUAUGGUGACAGGUGCUGUAGUUGCAGGUGCAGUAAGAGGAGCUCAAAUAGCUUAUGAUGCUGUAGAGGGAGAGCAAACAGUCCUUGGGGCAAUAAAGAAAGCAGCUCAGGCAUGUCUUGAGAAAGAACAGUUUUUUUUUCAUCCUCAUUGCUGAUUGUUGACCACUGGCACAAAGAUAAAAAACCUUGACAAAUCUGGCUAGUGAGAAAAUGAAAUUUUGAAAAGAAAAUCAAAUUAAAUGAAACAUUUUUGUUAAGAACAUAAUAAUCUCUCAUUAGCUUCAAA